AUCUGCUCUUCGCCGGCUACUUCCACUGUAUUUAACGACUCCUCCCUCGCACCCACCCUGUGCGCCGUUGCACUCUCAAGAGACUCAACAGAACCAAUUCGCUGUUCUGUCAUCAUGUUUUCGGCUCAGGACAUCCUUGCGCUCAUCGGACUUUAUUCAGUGGCCACAAACUUCGAGUCGGUCACGCAACCGUAUACCAACCUUCUCUGGGCAGCCUACCUUGGAAUCGAGUUCACCUCGGCAAUCACACUCUUCAUCGUUUACCGGAAGAUUGCUCUUAAGAAUGAUCAAGCACCUGUGAUGCUGAAUGAGGGCGAUACCACUUCGCAGCCAAAUGAUGGAAUCAUAGUUCGUACAACCGACUACGACUCGAAGAACAUCAUGCAGCAUCUCCGUUCUCUAGUCAUUCGCGCGGCAACAUUUGGCUUUUUCUACCUGAAGUUUGGGCAUCUCAGCGUGCUGCUUUUGCAAGCCAUCCUCGGCUUAAAAACCAUCUACCACUCGCAGGUUGUUCAGGUCCACCUGUUGGGCAAACAGUCGGUCGGGAACCUAGCUAGACCUUGGUGAGCCGCUUUGCCUUUGGCAAUCCGUGCCUACCGGAAAGGACCAAAGCCAUGCAAAACGGAAGGAAAGCCGACCAUCCUCCAGAC